GGUUAUAUAAAAGUCUUUGGUGGGCCCUUCUUUGAGCACGCACACGUCUGUGCCCGGUUGGUUAACUUUGCUAGCUCAUUGAUGGACCAUAGUAGAAGAAAAUGACAGAUUACGCUGAGGAGCAGCGAAACGAGCUGGAAGCUAUAGAGUCAAUUUACCCGGACUCGUUUACAGUGCUAUCAGAGGUGCCCACCAGCUUCACCAUCACUGUGACAUCGGACGCAGGGGAAAACGAUGAAACGAUUGAAGUGACUCUACAGUUCACCUAUGUGGAGAAGUAUCCCGAUGAGGUGCCGCUGUGGGAGAUCUACUCCCAGGAGAACCUGGAGGAUUCAGACGCAGAGGGCAUCCUCACCUUACUGCAGCAGCAGGCUGAGGAAAACCUUGGAAUGGUGAUGAUAUUCACCCUAGUGACAGCAGUUCAGGACAAACUGAACGAAUUAGUGGACGAGAUAAAAAACAGAAGAGAGGAAGAGAAGAGGCGAAAAGAGGAGGCAGCGGAGGAGGCUGAGAAGGUGCUCUUCCAAGGAACAGUGGUCACCAUCGAGAACUUCCUGUCAUGGAAAGCCAAGUUUGAGCUGGAGAUGGCUGAGUUGAGGAGGAAACGGCAGAAAGAGGAGGAGCAGCAGCAGGCUGGGAAGAUUAAACUCACAGGAAAAAAGCUAUUUGAGACCGAUCACAAUCUUGAUACAUCAGAUAUACAGUUCCUGGAAGAUUCUGGAAACAGUGUUGAAGUGGAUGAGUCCCUCUUCCAGGACCUUGAGGAACUUGACCUGGAUGAAGACGACCCUGACUUUGACCCUCUGGCACUGGGAAGUGAUGAGGACUGAACUAGGAAGAAGAGAAAGAUGCCAUGGGCAUGUUCCAGGCAGACAUGUUUUCAAAUACUAUUUAUAAUCUUUAAAAUACUUUGAGCAUUUGCUCUAGCCUGCCUGGGGUGCCAGAUGAGUGGGGAUUGCAGUGUCUUGACUAUUUUAUUGAAAGCAUUUGAAAUAGUAUUUGAAACCAGGUCCGGUCCCAGAUCAUCUUUAUUGCAGUCACGUUGUGCCGCACAGAUUCAGAUCCCCAAUGCCUGGGGAAACGUUUUGCAUCUCAGGAACGACAUCAAUGAGAUAGAGAAUUCUUCUGAAAUGCGUAGCACGACUAAUAUUUACGACUUUGAACGCAACCGAUACUAACAGGAGGGGAUCAUCACAGGAAGGGGAGUCACAGUAUCUGACCAAGCACAGAGAAGACAACCAAUAACACCCACAUUUGUUUUAAACAUGAACUAUAACUCCAGUUGACUGUAAACACAGAAUCACCUCAAGGCAUUUAUACACCCUUGUCAAUGAGUUGAUUUAUACCCGGAUGCCAUUAAAGAUGCACUAUGCAGAAAUCUCUUCACCAUUUCCUGGUCACAAAUAUUCUAGUUUGCUUAAUUUCAGUUUGACAAAACAAGUAUAGUGUAGCAUCUAAACCUCUGAAAUGUCUUUUCCAUAAACAAAAAUCUUGUCAGCUGUUUGAAGCUGGUGUACAAAAUAAAAGAUACUUAAAUAGGUUGCAUAGAAAUAGCUCACAUAGAACAGAUCUACUGCUUCUUAGACUUUCAAUGAGAAUGAAAGAUCCAUAACUAGCAUUUGUGUUAAGUACUUUUCUUGGAUGUGGGGGACUAAGGACUUUACAUUGCCAUCUAGGUAAUCUGAAUGUGGAAAAAUAGGGAAUAAGUGCUUGUCGGCUUGGAAUUCAUAAGGCAGUUGUAGAAACCCUGACUGACCCACAGAGGGCAGCAGCACAUUUUGUUACGGAACAUAACCUUCAAAAGACACUGGUUGAAUUCGCUGUUUCCUUAUUCUAUCACCAUAUAGCUAAAAUGAGUCAAGAAAAUUGCUUUUAAAAAUAUAUAGUUCAAUUCUUUAAACUUUAUGAAUGUUUUUUAUACACAUUAAAACCGACUGAAACUGUG